AUGAGCGCUCCCAAGGCUGUUGCUGAGAACAUGCUCUGGGGUGGUCGAUUCACCCAGGGCCUCGACCCCCUCAUGGUGCAGUAUAACCAGUCACUUCCUUAUGAUCGUAUUCUGUGGAAGCAGGAUAUUGCUGGUUCCAUCGCAUUUGCCCGUGCGAACACGAAAGCCAGCAUUCUCACCCCUCACGAAUUCUCCGAAAUCGAGCGUGGUUUCAAGCAGAUCGCUGACGAAUGGAGGACCGAUACCUUUGUCGUCAAGGAGAACGACGAGGACAUCCACACGGCCAAUGAGCGCCGCCUAUCCGAGAUCAUUGGCAAGGAGAUUGGAGGCAAACUUCAUACAGGCCGAUCCAGAAACGAACAGGUCGCAACGGACAUGCGACUCUGGCUGCGUGAUGAGCUGCGCAAGCUGGAUGCCUUCCUAUGCGACCUGAUUAAGGUUUGCAUUGCCCGUGCCGAGAACGACAUCGACUACAUCAUGCCCGGUUACACCCACCUGCAGAAGGCCCAGCCUGUCCGCUGGAGCCACUGGCUUCUAUCUCACGCAACGGCCUUUGCCAGCGAGCUGCAGCGUCUGCGGGAGGUCACCAAGCGUGUCAACCGCAGUCCCUUGGGUACCGGUGCGUUGGCCGGAAACCCAUUCCAGAUUGACCGGGAAGGGAUGGCCAAGGAAUUGGGUUUCGAGGGUCUGUUGUAUAACUCGAUGAAUGCCGUGGCGGAUCGUGACUUUGCCAUGGAGACCAUGCAAUGGGGUAGCUCGUUUAUGCUCAAGAUCUCUCGCUGGGCGGAGGAUCUGAUCAUCUACAGCAGCUUGGAGUUUGGUUUCGUUCGCUUAUCAGAUGCUUACUCGACCGGUUCGUCAUUGAUGCCCCAGAAGAAGAACGCAGACAGCCUGGAGCUGCUGCGUGGAAAAUCUGGGCGAGCCUUUGGACAUAUGGCCGGUUUAAUGAUGACCAUCAAGGGCCUCCCUACCACCUACAACAAAGAUUUGCAGGAGAGCAUUGAACCACUCCUUGACCACAUUAAGACCGUUAGCGACAGCAUUCAGAUCGCAACCGGUGUGCUAUCCACCCUCACCGUAAUUCCGGAGAAGAUGGUUGCCGCCUUGGCCCCGGAGAUGCUGGCAACCGAAAUCGCCGACUACCUGGUCCGUAAGGGAGUUCCCUUCCGGGAGGGCCACCACAUUUCCGGCCGUGUAGUCGCUCUAGCCGAGAAUAACAAUGUGCCCAUGGAUACACUCUCACUGGAGCAACUCCGGACCGUCGAUACCCGCUUCGAUGAAGACGUCCGCGCGUGUUUGGAUUACGAACGGGCCGUCGAGCUGAAGGACGCCAUCGGUGGAACCAGCCGACGUGCUGUUUUGGAGCAGACCUCAGUUCUCCGGAGUUUGCUGUAA